AUGGACGCCCAGGAUUUCAUGGAACGAAGCGCCGCAAUGAUGGCGCCUGAAGGUCAUUUGAAGAGGAAGAGGGGGGCCUCGGAGGUUGUGGAAGUGGAUCCGCUGUCCUUUAGCCUCCCAGCGAUCCAUGAGUUGUCCUCCUUGGACGAUCUCCUGAAGGAAGGUUAUGCAGAUUCGGGCCGGGGCACCGAUCUGUUCGAGGAUAUACCCGCGGGCCACGCUCUGCUGACCUUCGACCCUCCUCGGGUCGAGUGCUCUGAGUUACCCGAGACUGGAGCGACGAGGCUGGAUGAUGGCAUGAGAGAGGCCGUGCAGGCAGUCAAUACGUUUGUGAUAGUAUGCGCGGGCCUGAGAGAGCAGCUGGCCUCGGCCCAGAGGGUGGCCACGAGCGAGGCCAAUAGGGCCAGAGACACGGAGGUCAUGUUUAAGGCCUCGGAAGGGAGGAGAGAGCAUCUAGAAGAAGAGAGGAAGCGACUGGAAGAGGAGGUUGCGAGGGUGAAGGCACAGCUCAAGGACGCAGAGCUGACCCACCGCCUCGAGAUGGAAGGCUUGCUAGCCACGAGUGUCCCGAAGUCUGGGCUGGACACGUACAUCUUGGCAGGGGUCCAGCGGUACCUGGGGUCGACCGAGUUCGCCCUCGGAAUAAACGAUGUCAUGGACCCCGCCAUGGAGAGGGGGGCGAGGAAGGUCGUUUUGGAAAUCGAGGCGGCCCAGAAGAAGAAAGAGGACAUCCGGCCCAUCCUCGAGAAGUAUGCUGACAGGGACAGGAAAGGGAAGAUGUCCGCGAUGCCGAGGGGAACCGAGACGCUCCCUAGCACGCCACCGGGACCGGAGGAGGAACCCGAGAUAAUAGCAUCCGAUCCUCCACCCCAAGGACAUAACUCUGGCAGCCGAGGAGGAGGAGGAACGUCCACGGAUUCCAACGCCCGCAGCGGAGACAAGAUGAACGACGCAUAG